CAACUGAAAUCAAAAGCUCUGAAUAUCCAAGAAGAAGCAUUAAAACAGGUGUGUCGCAUGCUACCAAAUCGAAAUAAAUCAGCUCUGUCUUACUACACUCCUCUUGUAUUAGACACACAUGAGACUUCCGCUCACUCAAAAAUCAAGAUGAAAGGCAAAAAAAGCAAUAAAACUCGGCACAAAAAGAUGAAGACCUACAUUCCUGUGGACAAUCAGGAAACAUCACCAGAGGAUCUGCUAAAGAUACGACAGAACAAAAUUCUUCUGGUUGGAAAACCUGGAAUUGGAAAGACAACUGUCACCCAUCAAAUGUUAAACCUCUGGACUGAGACAGAUUCAAAAGAACUGGAUUACAUGUUUUACUUUGACAUGAGAGAGAUGUCUCGCAUCACAAAUCCCAUGACUUUGGAAGGUCUUCUCUUUGACCUGUAUUGCGAGCCAGAAGAAAAUAAGACAGAGGUGUUAAAAGAUAUUAUGAAGAACUCUGAAAACGUCACCAUCAUAUUUGAUGGACUCACAGAUCUCUCUUCUCCCUCAGUGGUAAAGAGACUUGUGAAGAAGGACCUCCUGUGUGACGCUAAGAUAGUGAUCACAUGUCGACCAGAAGUUGCAUCAGAAGAUGUCCUGUCAGAGUCGUCUACUCUGAGAGUGGAAGUGGAAGGCUUCAGUGAUGAGUCCAUCCGAAUGUACUUGGAAAUGAUGCUGAGUGCCGAGCCAGAGUCCCUGAGCAGUGUUUUCAGCAAUCUGGAGUUGUUCAGUCUCUGCCAUGUCCCAAUGUAUGCGUUUAUGGUUGUUACGUGUAUUUCUUUCUGCACACAAGUUUUUAAACCUCUGUGCACAGUAACAGAGAUGUACAUCAACAUCCUACGCCACUGCAUCCAAAAACAUUGUGACACAUUCUUAAGGCACCUGGAUACAUGUGUCACUGUGAAUAAAGACAACAUAAUGUCUUUGGCAGAAACCGCUUUUACAGCAACACAACAGAAGAUGGUGACUUUUACAGAACUGAGUUGUGAAGAAAGCAAUGUCCAGUUUGCUUUUUUGAGAGCUAUCAUGGUUAGGGAUGCACCCACAGCUAUGGAAAACUUUUCGACAUUUCUUCACUACACGGUACAGGAAUUUUUUGCUGCUCUUUGGCUGUUACAGAAUCCGGACAACAUCACUGUGGUCCUUCAGGAGUGCCUGACUGAGGAGAGGAAACACAUGAAACACAUAGUUCCUUUCUUGUGUGGACUUCUGAAUGCAAACCACACUAAAAUGUUAAAGUGUCUGGUACCAGCUGAAAAAAUCAUGACGACGGCAGAUUGGUUCAUCAAGAAACUGGUGGACACAUUUGUUCCUCUCCAAUCAAACCAAGAACAGGCAAAUCAUGAAGAGUCAUGGCCUGAAAGGGAUCUCCAGUUUCUAUGCCAGUGUCUGUAUGAAUCUCAAUCCACUGAGGCCUGUCUGCUUCUAUUGGACAAGCUGGACUAUCAGCUCGACCUGAGUGAAGAGCAUCUGGAUCCUCAUUAUUGUUGUACGGUGGCCUAUGUGAUCAAUCAGUGCAGAGAAAGAAAAGUAAGGCUGGAUUUGAAAGAGUGCACUGUGUCAGACCAGGGCCAUAAGCUGUUACUUGGCUGUCUGCGGAAUAUUGAAUCUCUUGGGGCUGACCCCUCAAUGCUGUGUCACCUCUGGACAACUUUAUUGGGCUGUGAGGCCGAAAGGGACUUCAUUGGCUUUCUGGGUCACUGUAAAAAUGAAUUGCAUCUUCCAGCCGUUGGUAAACAAAGAGUAUUUGAGAGAGCUGGAGCUGUUAUGAAGCAGAGUCCAGAGAGGGUAAACCUCUGUCUGCACUGGGACCACAGCACUCCUCUCAGUGAAGAUCUCAUCCGCACCAUUUUACAGUGUUUGACUCAUAUCAACUCUCUCAGGUAUGAUCAUAUUUCCACAGCCACUGUGUUAUGUCCCCUGUCCUUUUUAGUCAUUUGCGUUGCUUGUUUUCUUUGUUCUUUGUUGUUUGUUCAAGCAUUACAGUCAGUUUACCAGUCAGCUGCUCCUGCAGUCUGGUUCAUAGACCUCUCAGAGAGAAAAUCCUCCGUCCUCCUAGAAGUGCUGAAACUCCAACCAGAGAAGAAACCAGUAAAGCUGAUGGGCUGGUCAGAUGAAGAGAGUGAAGUGAGGAGCUUCCUACAGUGUCUGCCGUACAUCUCACAGCUCAGUUUUCCUACAUACUGGUAUGAAAAGAAAAAAAACAUUGAGGUCCUGGUGGAUCUCCUGUCUCAAGCAGCACAGUGUGAAGAACUGACAAGAAAGAAGAACCUGAAGCUGCUGUCAUCAGUGUGGAGUUACAAGAAUUUCCCCUUCAGUGACAUGGAUGAUGAUGAUCAGUCUGACUUCCUGCUGGACCUGUGCUCCCAUGUGAAGGACUAUGAGACUCAAACAGGCAGGAGUGUCCUUCAAGCUUUACAGUCAGUUUACCAGUCAGCUGCUCCUGCAGUCUGGUCCAUAAACCUCUCAAAGAGAAAGGCCUCCAUCCUCCUAGAAGUGCUGAAACUCCAACCAGAGAAGAAACCAGUAGGUCUGAGGGGCUGGUCAGAUGAAGAGAGUGAAGUGAGGAGUUUCCUUCAGUGUCUGCCCUACAUCUCACAUCUCUGUUUUCCUACAUACCGGGAUAAAAAGAAAGAAACCACUAGGUUACUGGUGGAUCUCCUGUCUCAAGCAGCACAGUGGGAGGAGCAGACAGGAGAGAAGACCCUGAAGCUGCUGUCAUCAGUGUGCAGUUACAAGACUUUCCCCCUCAGGGACAUGGAUGAUGAUUAUGAUGAUGAUCAGUCUGACUUCCUGCUGGACCUGUACUCCCAUGUGAAGGACUAUGAGACUCAAACAGGCAGGAGUGUCCUUCCAGCAUUACAGUCAGUUUACCAGUCAGCUGCUCCUCUAGUCUGGUCCAUAGACCUCUCAGAGAGAAAAGCCUCCAUCCUCCUAAAAGUGCUGAAACUCCAACCAGAGAAGAAACCAGUAGAGCUGAGGGGCUGGUCAGAUGAAGAGAGUGAAGUGAAGAGUUUCCUACAGUGUCUGCCCUACAUCUCACAGCUCGGUUUUCUUACAUACUGGGAUAAAAAGAAAAAAACCAUUGAGGUCCUGGUGGAUCUCCUGUCUCAAGCAGCACAGUGGGAGGAGCAGACAGGAGAGAAGACCCUGAAGCUGCUGUCAUCAGUGUGCAGUUACAAUUCUUUCCCCUUCUGGGGCAUAGAGGAUUAUUAUUAUGAUGAUGAUCAAUCUGACUUCCUGCUGGACCUGUACUCCCAUGUGAAGGACUAUGAGACUCAAACAGGCAGGAGUGUCCUUCCAGCAUUACAGUCAGUUUACCAGUCAGCUGCUCCUGCAGUCUGGUCCAUAGACCUCUCAGAGAGAAAAGCCUCCAUCCUCCUAGAAGUGCUGAAACUCCAACCAGAGAAGAAACCAGUAGAUCUGAUGGGCUGGUCAGAUGAAGAGAGUGAAGUGAGGAGUUUCCUUCAGUGUCUGCCCUACAUCUCACAUCUCUGUUUUCCUACAUACCGGGAUAAAAAGAAAGAAACCACUAGGUUACUGGUGGAUCUCCUGUCUCAAGCAGCACAGUGGGAGGAGCAGACAGGAGAGAAGACCCUGAAGCUGCUGUCAUCAGUGUGCAGUUACAAGACUUUCCCCCUCAGGGACAUGGAUGAUGAUUAUGAUGAUGAUCAGUCUGACUUCCUGCUGGACCUGUACUCCCAUGUGAAGGACUAUGAGACUCAAACAGGCAGGAGUGUCCUUCCAGCAUUACAGUCAGUUUACCAGUCAGCUGCUCCUCUAGUCUGGUCCAUAGACCUCUCAGAGAGAAAAGCCUCCAUCCUCCUAAAAGUGCUGAAACUCCAACCAGAGAAGAAACCAGUAGAGCUGAGGGGCUGGUCAGAUGAAGAGAGUGAAGUGAAGAGUUUCCUACAGUGUCUGCCCUACAUCUCACAGCUCGGUUUUCUUACAUACUGGGAUAAAAAGAAAAAAACCAUUGAGGUCCUGGUGGAUCUCCUGUCUCAAGCAGCACAGUGGGAGGAGCAGACAGGAGAGAAGACCCUGAAGCUGCUGUCAUCAGUGUGCAGUUACAAUUCUUUCCCCUUCUGGGGCAUAGAGGAUUAUUAUUAUGAUGAUGAUCAAUCUGACUUCCUGCUGGACCUGUACUCCCAUGUGAAGGACUAUGAGACUCAAACAGGCAGGAGUGUCCUUCCAGCAUUACAGUCAGUUUACCAGUCAGCUGCUCCUGCAGUCUGGUCCAUAGACCUCUCAGAGAGAAAAGCCUCCAUCCUCCUAGAAGUGCUGAAACUCCAACCAGAGAAGAAACCAGUAGAUCUGAUGGGCUGGUCAGAUGAAGAGAGUGAAGUGAGGAGUUUCCUUCAGUGUCUGCCCUACAUCUCACAUCUCUGUUUUUUUAAAUACUUAAUUAAAAAGAAAGAAACCAUUGAGUUCCUGGUGGAUCUCCUGUCUCAAGCAGCACAGUGGGAGGAGCAGACAGGAGAGAAAACCCUGAAGCUGCUGUCAUCAGUGUGCAAUUACAAGACUUUCCCCUUCUGGGACAUUCAGGAUUAUCGUUAUCAAUCUGACUUCCUGCUGGACCUGUACUCCAAAGUGAAGGACUAUGAGACUCAAACAGGCAGGAGUGUCCUUCCAGCAUUACAGUCAGUUUACCAGUCAGCUCCUGCAGUCUGGUCCAUACACCUCUCAGAGAGAAAGGCCUCCAUCCUCCUAGAAGUGCUGAAACUCCAACCAGAGAAGACACCAGUAAAGCUGAGGGGCUGGUCAGAUGAAGAGCGUGAAGUGAGGAGUUUCCUCCAGUGUCUGCCCUACAUCUCACAGCUCAGACUGAAUGAGUCCAUGGCAGUCCACCUGUCCAGACUGGUGAGGACAGGUAGACUUGCUUCUCAAGUGACCAUUAAGGAGCUCUACCUGGUGUUAGAGAAAGUCUGGCUGUCAGAAGAAGCUCUGUCCAGGGUUGUGAGCAGUGUGGCGUCCCUGUUGAGACUCUGGUCAGUUCAGUGUCUGGACCUGACUCAGUUCUCCAUCCAUCCUCACUCUCUCCUCACACUGCUGGGCCACCACGGCCCUCUGACUCUCAGACUGUGUUCCGAAGCUGUGCAGCAGCUGGCUGUAGUUGUGUAUGAAGCUCAGGACAAGCAGCUGACUCGGUCGUUCCUGGAGAAGCUUGGUAGAGACCUGACCUGCUCUCUGGACUGGGAAGUCCUCUUCUAUUUGAUAAAGAAUUCAACCCAGAACAUCAAAAUUCAGGUGGACCUCAGGAAGCUCAAGCUCUCAGAGAAGAACACCUCAGAUCUUCUAUGCUUUAUAGACAGGAUUGUUAUUAAGAGGCCCAGUACCAGUUUUAUGUUGUCAACCAUCAGAGAGAUGUAUGCAAGUCGUGCCAGUGACCGUGUGUCCAGUUUGUUGUGGUCAGUAAACCAUGUUAUCAACCUGAACACCAGAGAGCUGAACACUGUGGACUGUGCUGCUCUGUGCUUCACCCUCCAACACAGCCGUGCCAGAGUCAAACUCAAGCUGCUCUGGACCUCCGUACCACCGGGGGCGAUAGAAGGAAUCCUGCCUCUUCUGGACAGGGUCUCGCAUCUCAGUGUUGACAGGAGACUACUGCUGACUUUCCUCCGCUGUAGCGCUGCCUCUCCUGUCCAACAGGGGGCAGCAGCAUCUCUCUCAGCAGAACUGCUCAGGACUCUGCAGUUCAGGCUGGAUCUGUCCUGCUCCUCUGUGGACCUGUCUGAACAGGAGGGAGGAGACCCUCUGUGUGUGAGUGUUGGGGACUGCAGGAACCUCUCCACCGUCCUGAGAGACAGCUACCCCUCCCUCCCAACACACACCCAGCCUCAGCUCAUCCUGAAAGACUGUGAGGUGGAGGACGCAGCCCUGAGGGAGCUGCUUCCCAUUCUGAGAAUGAUCAAGCUCAGUACCAGUAAAGCCUUGUUGCUCCGGCUAAUGGAGGAGUGUGUCACAGGGGCGUCAUCCCCACGCUAUGCUGAUUCCCUCUGUGGUACCCUGGGUAGGGAGCUGGACCUCAGUGAGACCAGGCUGGACCAGAGGGCCUGUGGGUCUCUGGCCCUGGUUCUGGAACAUUCUGAGGGCCUGUCUGAACUGGACUUGAGUCACUGCCAACUUACAGACCAGCACCUGGAGCUCCUGCUUCCACACCUGCACAAAGCACAAGUCCUGGACCUGAGUCACAAUGACAUCACUGAUGCUCUAUCAGACAGAAUAAUCCAACUGGUCUCCAUCAACAGCUCCGUUAGUGUUGUGUGGCUCUUCAAUAACAGGAUUCUGGACAAAGAGCCCUUCCUGACAGACAAGAGGUUUGAGAUCUGGUGAUCCAACUAGCAUCAGGAAGUUUAUACUGAAGAACUGCCGGGAAAACAUCUCUUCGCGUAUUUUCAUAACUCCCUUACCCCAAACCCUCAUUAAAGGGAUAGUAGGGGAACUAGGGGCCACUGUGGGACUCUUAAGACAAUAGUUGCACCAUUGUGAAUAUUUGCGAACAAUGGGGAAAUAUAUUUAAUUCCCUUUCAUAACAAUUGAAGUUGCGUCCUCUUUCAAAAGGUGUCAAAUGUGAGGUUCUACAAAAAAGUCAAGAAACUACUUGAAACAAGAUUUAUUUUGUGCAAUGUAUAAUACAUGUAUUGGAUGAAUACUGAAAAAGUAUAACCACCAGCAUAACAUUUUUUAUGGUUUAUUAGUCAUAAUGUAACUUUAAUCACUGUAAAAACAUUGUUAAUUCCCUUAGUUGCUUAUAAUGAUAUGAAUAUGUGUCACAACAGUAAGUUUCAGGGAGUUUUCCUUUAGGCUUUUAAGAUGGUUAAAAACCCUUACAAAAAGUUUGCGAGAAUCUAUGGGCAUCUGUAAAGCCUUCUGUGACAUUGCUUGUAAAAAUAAAACAUUUUUUACUUGA